AUGGUUAAACUUCGUGAUGACGUGGGCUUCGAGACGACUGCCAAAGGUGAUGUUGUCUUGGUUGAAAACUAUCUUUCUGAGGAGAAUGUCUCACCAAUAAUAUCUGAUAAGAAUAACAAUGUAUUUCAUACAGACCCGAUUUUGGUUCACAUUCUUUCCUUUCUUCCGCUACGUGAUGCCAUUAGGACUGUUGUUCUUCCAAGAUUCGGUAAACUGUGGCUUAGCUUGCCGGUUCUUGAUUUGGACCACUGUGUGUACCAUGAGUAUGAUGACCAUGAGUAUGAUGAAGAUGCUGAUGUUGAGAUUUGUGACUAUGAAAACUUCAUGCAUGUAGUUCAUCAGGUUUGGAAUCAUCACGAUGAGAACACGCUGGAUAAAUUGCACCUCAGGUUUGCCCUUCUGCAAUCUUAUGCACAUUGGACGGAGUCCGAUCUUAAUAAUCCCAACGUUAGAGAUUUUGAAAGACGGAAGGUGGAUAAAGAGAGGGCUGCCUUAUAUCAAGUGGGGAAAUUAAUCAGUUACGCCGUGAGCAGAAAAGUCAAGGUUUUGGAUCUCGAUCUUAAGGGCUGUGAGUUUAUUGAACAAUAUUAUGAGUUACCAGAUGUUUUAAGUACUGGAUACUUGACGAAUUUGCGGUUGGCCGCUUGUGACAUUAGAUCUUGUGAGCAAAUAAAUCUGUCGGCAUUGAGAGUCUUGUUUCUACAUAGGGUUGUAUUGAGUGAUGAAGCCAUAGAAAGAAUCUUGAAUGGUUGUCCGUUUCUUCAGGAUCUGUCUGUGGUUGAUUGUCAUGGCUUUCGCCAGUUGAAUUCCAAAAACCCAAACUUGAAGAAGCUGAUGCUUUGUGUGGACGUGAAUAGCCGGAUUGUGUUCGUGGAGUGUCCUCACGUAGUGUCAAUAGAAAUAUCUGGAUGGAUCGAUGGUGUGUUUUUGCAUCAUGUCUCAUCUUUGGUCGAAACUUCCUUCCACUAUAGCUACUUGUUUAGAUGCAAGGACAUGCAUUAUUUUCUAGUGCGGGCCCUACUUUACAUGGUUAGCCAGUGCAGGACUUUAAGCAUAUGCACUUGGAGUGUUUUGGUGUUGUCAAUAUGGAAGUUGAAGAAUGUCUUUUGCCGACAUUUCCAGUGGAAGCAUAUCAAAGUUGAACUUCAUCUCACAAAAUGGCACCUUCCCGGGCUUUCUCUCCUCUUGAAACAUUCUUCUUCUUCUCUCGUGGAACUUACCAUGCUUGCCCAUGGGAAAAUUGACUAUUUCUUUCAGACUGCGGAUGCACAAUGGAUUUGGGAAUAUGAUUUUGAUGGAGAGGGGUACUUGAACUCAGAGGAGGCAACCUUACCCUGCCUCGAGAACAUUACGAUACAUAGCUGCCAUAUAGGCGACCCGCAUUUCAUCCAGAUUGUGAAAUUUCUGCUGAAAAAUACUCCGAGGUUGCAGAAAAUGGUAAUAUCAACCGAGAAAGAAUUUACCUCAGAACAACUGCUUGAGCUCUCUGAGGAGUUAUUAACAUUGCCUAGAGCCUCAUCUGAGGCAACGGUGUGUAUUUCUUAA